AUGCUUGUUGCAAAAUUAAACACAUUGAAAGUUCUGUUAAAAAAAGUACAAGUAACAUUUCAGCGAAAUAUUCAAGUGUCGGUCAUAGGGGCGGCGUCUGAUGUGGGGUCCAACUUGGCUUUGCUCUUGAAGCAAAACAAUAAAAUAUCGAGAUUGCAACUGUACGAUAAUAACGAGACGGUCAAUGCACUCGGAUUGGACCUGGGCUGUUUGCCCGGUGGGCCUUUCGUUUCGACGUUUGCGGGUGCGUGUAUGCUGCUGCCGUCAUUAAGAUUUUCGGAUCUCGUUGUGAUGGUCGACAGGGUGCAUAGGAAGCCGGGGUACACUCGCGAGCAAAUGAUUUUCUGUAACGCACCGAUGGUCCAAAGGCUCUGCAGAGCGCUGGCCGAGAUGAAUUCGAAUGCGUUCCUAGCGAUCGGCACCAGCCCCCUGAACUCGAUUGUACCUUUCGCUAGCACGCUUUUACAUAAGUACGGCACGUACGAUCCCUUCAAAGUUUUCGGCGUGACCCACUUGGAUCUAGCGCGGGGAAGAGCGCUCACGGCGAGCGCGCUACAAGUCGACUCGUCUGAAAUACAUGUGCCCAUAAUCGGUGGCCACUCUGAUGAGACGAUUGUGCCCCUGUUUUCGAACAUAACACCGAGCAACUGUUCUGUUGACGAGCGUCAGGCGGACUUCCUCACCAGGCUUUUAAGGAAGGCCGGAACGGAGGUUAUCAAUAAGAAGAUGGGUAGUGAUUCGGCAACUUUGUCCGUGGCCUGGUCGAUAAAUGAGUUCGUCGACUGCAUCCUCGACGCGCUGCGCGGUGCCGAGGUGACAGUGAACGCUUUCACGGCCAAUCCCCAUUUCGGCACGAAAUAUUUCUCGGGACCAACCGUCGUCGGCCCGAACGGCAUACUGCAACCGUGCUACGAGUUUACGUUGUCCAAUUACGAAAAUAAACUCCUGAAUCGAGCACUGCCUAUGAUAAAUAGAGAUGUAUCGCAGGGAGAAGAAUAUGUUGAUGUGUUUGAAAGCUUCUCUAAGAAAAUU